CAUUGGUCAAAGGUGUUACGUAGUCACCUAAGCGGUUCAGACGUCUCCUCAGGCAAGGCUGAAUAUUAUGGAUGCGAAUUUGGCGCUGACAAACGCGGAUUACGCUUGUUCUGGCUGUAAUGAAGACCAAGCCUCACAUCUGAAGGACUGGUUACCUUCUGGGUAUGAUUAUCAUUUCUGCACCUAUCGGUCGUACACUACACAAGGCACAUCAAACUUGGACCACAAAAGUUUUGAGGUAUCACUCAGAAUUGCACUGAAAGAAAUUUGUGAGGUGAAAGAAUGGGUGAAAAAGCUUAGUGAGUCAUCAGGAGUGAGUUGGAGAGUGGCAGUGACCAAACCAAGUAAGGGACAACGUGUGCUUUAUAAGGCUCAUUAUAGGUGCCAGCAUAAUGUUUGUGUCCGAUCAGGCAUGGCUAAUCAAAGACGGCUGUCAAAAAAUACACAAUGUGGGGCAAAAAUGGUUUGCACUCUGGUAAAUACUGUAGACGCAAGGGGAGCAUCUAGUAGGAGCAAAGAUCCCCAUAUACCCACCUACCCAACCUCUGUGCGUUUGUACAAUGUACAUAAUCAUAACAUCUUUGUUGCGGAGGCACUGAGGCACAGGGAUGUGGGGGCCAAGGCAAUUGAGACCCUGACUCAAUUGUUUGAGAUUGGGCACAACCCAACCUCAGCUCUGGCUGUACUUAAAAGUGACCUGCUGGCUGAGCAUGGCAACAAAUAUGUAUAUGCCUCAGCCAACCGUAGUCUACGCCACCAUUGCCAUCAACCCCGGACCAAGAAUCUGGCCAACAUGGAAGCAGCAGGAGACCAACCCACCGCGACGCUCGAAGAGUUUCUUCAGCGAUCUCUGGCUCGUAUGGAUCAUCAAGACAAAGUCAUCGAGGAUAUGCGGAAGGCCGUCCACGCAAUGGUGGCGAAAGUGUCCGAGCUCUCUCAGCGAUCUCCACAUACUACGCUACCCACUGCGCCACCCACGCCGCCCGCACCAUCUUCACCUCCAGGGGGUAGUUUCUGUCCAGAACCACGGUUACCCAUUCCCGAGAAAUACUCCGGUGAGUCCAAUUACUGUCACACAUUCCUAUCUCACUGCUCUUUGCAUUUCGCUCAACAGCCCCGGUCAUUCUUCCUCGAGGAAACGAAGGUAGCAUUCACACUCUCACUGCUGACGGGCAAGGCUGCCGUCUGGGGGACGGCGGUGUGGGAAAACAAGGACAUCUGCUCCUCGUUCUCCCUGCUAUCCAAGGAAAUGAAGAGGGUAUUCGAUUGCUCUGUUGUCGGGAAAGAAGCCGCCCGACUCCUCACUGAGCUCCUGCAGGGGGAGCGGUCUGUAUCGGACUAUGCCAUCGAGUUCCGGACCCUGGCGGCGGAGUGCAGGUGGAACGAGGAGGCGCAGUGGGACUAUUUCCUGCAUGGGUUGGCGGAUCGGAUCUAG